AUGGCGGACAAGAAGUGGCUGCUAGGACCGGGGCCACUGGAACCGAUGCCCCUGGACGUGACCUGCAAGCCCUGGUACAAAGACAAGUUACUCUCCAAGUGUUUUGCAAAGCACAAGAACGUGCUCCCGAAGUUCCCCACCUCCCUGGACAGCCGGCGGUGGAUAUUUGUGAAAGAGCUGCUGGACGACUUCCGGAAGGGUUGCCCACCUUGUGAAGAUCUGAUCACUCGCAGCCCUAAGGAGGGCUUCCUCCCCUGGAUUGUUCACAGAGUUCCCCAGCAUGCCCCCAAAAAGGGUCAGAAAAAGCUGCCCGAGGAAGCAAACCCGUUUUCCACGCUCUCGCCAGCCCAGCUAGCACAGAAGGCAUUCGUGGAGAACAUCGAACCCCAGCUAACCAAGCAUCCCUUGGCUCUCUACCCGAAUCUGGAGGAAAAUCUACCUGCAGACCUCUUAUUAAAGGUGCUGGAAGUGCUCGAUCCUGACGGGAAGCUGGAGGACACAUGGGCUUAUUGUCAGGGCCCCAGGAAAAGAACGAAGUCCCCCACAAAGCUUCGUAAAAAACGUCCUGCCAAGGUCUACCUGGAACCUCCAAAGAAGGCUCCUGUGUCACAUCCAGCCACUUUGCAUCACGAAGACAAGAAGUCAAGCAGAAAGGAUUCACUCACUGAUCCUCCUGUUCACAGAGAAGUACCGAAAGCAAUUCGUAAAUCCUUCAAAUGGGCUGCUGCUUGUGGAAACUUGGGCAUUGAUGAAGAGCUCAUCACGAAACUGUGUGAGGUUGGCUGUGAGUGGCCACCAGCCCAGGAUACAGUCUACAUGAGGAAAGUAACCCAGGUCCCUUCAAAGAUGAGGUAUGGUGCAUUGUACCUGAAGCCCAAGUUGUGGAAAAAGCUAGUAAAUGACGAACCUUCAAUUGACCCCAACGUCUUACUUGAAGAUGGGAGUUUUAGAAAGGAGCUUCCUGAACACGACACUCUUGAAGAUCUUUAUGGACAAAUAGCAUUUAAAGGUUUCAUUCUAAGCAAGGGCUACAGGAUACCAGACAUCCUUGAGAGGCUGGUCCUCAGGAAGGGAUGGAAAUAUGAUUCUGUUAAGACUCCUAUACACAAAGUAAUAAAAAUCAGCCAAAAUGGAGAUGAUGCACGGGAAGAUGUUUAG